GCUUAUGGCGGGAGGGGGUUUCGUCAUGGCUGCUUCCUUGACAUAAAUAAAGAGAAACGCUCGCUAUUUGUCAGCGGCAGCAGCAGAGCAGGAAGCAGAGACAACCGCAGACUGCUGCACACGUACAGCCACAUAGAGAUGACUUCCUAAAAACAGAAAUUCAGCUCUCGGACUGGAGGAAGCUAAAAGACAGUCACAUCUUACUAGACUGAGUUCGGGAAGGUGGGAAAUGGAGAAACAGCAGCAUUCGUCGGGUUCGGACAGUCCGGUGCUGCCGCCUGUGCCGCGAAAACCGCGAAACCUCGGAAUAGGAAUCCCUGCAUCUCGACAAGACAGCGUGGAUUCGUUAGACAGCGAUGAAAGAUCAGACUGUAUGGCACAUUUCUCUGACCUCAUAUCGCCAUCUGUCAUCUUUAGUCUAUAUCCUACCGGAUCUCAUGUAGAGUGGUGUAAACAGCUGAUAGCGGCCACUAUCUCCAGCCAGAUCUCUGGCGGUGUCCCUCCAGAAGCCAUUACCCGCGAAUGCAAGGUUGGGAAGAAGAUAGAUUUCAGGGUAUCCAGGAGGACAAACUUAAGGUCUCUGGACUCUGGUGAAGAUGGCUGUCAGUUUGACAGUGACUAUGAACUGCCGUCUCACACUACGCAAAUAUUCAAGGAUGCACGAAAGCAAGCGCCCAUGGAUGAAGUCCCACUGGUCCCUGGAGAGACGAUCACAACCACUGUUAAAGAUGUGAUGUAUAUCUGUCCUUUCUCUGGAGCUGUGACCGGCACACUCACAGUCACGGACUACAGACUCUACUUUGUCAGUCUAGAACGGGACUCUCCUUUCAUAUUGGAUGUGAACCUGGGUGCUAUCAGCAGGUUGGAGGCUAUCAGUGUACAGAGUCUUGGGGAGAAUACUAGUGGCAUGGAGAUCGUCUGUAAGGAUAUGAGGAGUCCCAGGUUUGCUUAUAAAAAGGAGCCACAGAGUAAUUUGGAGAUUUUAGAUGUGUUGACAAAGUAUGCCUUCCCCCUGUCCAAUGAGCUGUCCCUAUUCGCCUUCCAAUACAAAGAGCAAUUUCCUGAGGAUGGAUGGAAGGUUUAUGAUCCAGUGGCUGAGUAUAAAAGAAUGGGUUUGCCGAAUGAGAGCUGGACUAUCAGUAAGAUCAACAGUAAUUAUGAAGUGUGUGACACUUACCCUGCUCUGCUCGUUAUCCCAACCAGUAUUACAGAGGAUGAAGUCAAACGAGUGGCCUCUUUCAGAGUGAAACAUCGUAUACCAGUCCUCUCAUGGAUCCACCCAGAAACUCAGGCCACUAUAGUGCGCUGUAGUCAGCCCAUGGUGGGCCCGACAGACCGCCGGUGUAAGGAGGAUGAGCAUUACCUCCAGACCAUCAUGGAUGCCAAUGCACAGUCCCAUAAACUCACCAUAUUUGAUGGUCGGCAGAGCAACGUGGCUGAUAAUCACAAGGCUAAAGAUGGAGGUUAUGAGAAUGGAAGUUUCUACCCCAACAUGGAGCUGAAAUUCCUGAAGAUCCCAAACAUUCAUGUUAUGAGAGAGUCUCUGCGUAAGCUGAAGGAGGUGGUCUACCCCAUCAUUGAUGAACAGCGCUGGCAUUCAGCCAUAGAUGGCACACACUGGCUAGAGCACAUACGGCUUUUGCUUGCGGGUGCAGUGCGAAUUGCAGAUAAGGUUGAGUCGAGUAAGAGCUCUGUGGUGGUGCACUGCAGUGAUGGCUGGGACCGCACAGCUCAGCUCACCUCUUUGGCCAUGCUGAUGCUGGACUCUUACUACAGGACUCUCAGGGGCUUCCAGGUGCUGCUGGAGAAGGAAUGGAUCGGCUUCGGACACAAGUUUGCUGCGCGUGUUGGUCAUGGAGAUGAAAAUCAUGCAAACUCUGAGCGCUCGCCUCUAUUUGUGCAGUUUAUAGACUGUGUUUGGCAAAUGAUGAGACAGUUUCCCACUGCCUUUGAGUUUAAUGAGCUCUUCCUCAUCACCAUCCUGGAUCACCUCUACAGCUGCCUGUUUGGUACAUUCCUUUACAACAGUGAACAGGAGCGAGUGGAAAAGGCAUUGAACAGUAAGACUGUGUCUUUGUGGUCUUACAUCAAUAGCCAACCAGAGGACUUCACCAACCCCUUCUAUGUGGACUAUGAAAACCAUGUGCUGUACCCCUUGGCCACUCUAAGGCAUUUGGAGCUGUGGACUGGAUACUACGUACGCUGGAACCCCCACAUGAGACCACAGAUGCCUGUGCACCAGAACCUGAAGGAGUUGCUGUAUCUGCGUGCAGAGCUUCAGAGGAAGGUGGAGGAGUUACAGAAAGAAGUAUCUUCGUCCCGCUCAGUCUCCUCUUCAUCAGAACAUGCGUAUUCUCCCUCACAUGGUGGUACACCCCUACACACCUCUGUGUAACAUACAUGCAGUGCUCACAUUAGAGAGAAUUCAUUAUUAACAGAAUGUGUGGUAGGAAUCUAUAGGUUACAGUAAACAUGGUAAUGUGAUGUCUAAGUCUAUCGGUCAUUUGUCACUGGAUAAUGCUUCGGGCAGAAUGUAUUGAGGGCCGGCGUAUAUACAUGUGAAAACCUGCAUUAACACCCAAAGAGAGGACAGUCCGUGGAAACAAUUAUGUGGGAAGACUUUUCGUUGGAGUUUCAUUUCAGUUGUGUUUUUUAAAGUGUAGACUUCCUUCUAAACAGAGAAUCAAAGAAGCUUUUGAUUGCGUUUCAGUUUCUGAAAAAUAGGCCAGUAUUUUAACUUGCGUUUAACUUGACUUGUAAAUAUACUCUUUAAUAAUUUAAUGUUUUUUUUUUUUUUUUUUUUCUAUUUUAAUCAGUGUUUCUUUGUGACAGUGUACUUUUGUUGUUGUUUUUGUGUAAUAGUUUUUUUACUGCCUCAGCAUUGCCUGCCUUUGUGCCAGUACCUGUACACAACCUUUCAACAUUCACCAUCACUUUAGUUCUUUAAAACAUCUUACAUAACAUUUAUUUCCCUACCUAUAAACUUGUUCAUGUUUUAAGUUUUAAUAUUAUUUUAUUAGAUUUUACUCAUUCAUUUUGGGUUCUUGAAUAUUGCUGUUGUGAUACUGCCAUUUUGAAACCACAUAUUGCAUUUGUCUUUGUUUUUCUGUUAGUAUGAAAGUUUUUAUGUGUGCACCCUAAUAUUGCACUACUAUUGUACUUCCUGUACUACUGAAAUGUAUGUAAAUAAGGACCAUCUGAUAUUAACCCCUCCUGUUGAUUAUAUGUUAUACAUUUAAAAUAUAAAAAACUUGUUUGGUGA